UCUUCCUCUGUUUCUUGCUGCUUGUACAUGUGUAGAUGCGUGCUGCCCCCUUGCAGGACUGGAGAUACACUACGCAAACUGACACCAUUCUCCCAUAUGCACAUACAGGACAAUUUUGUUUGUACACGUAAAAACUUUACAAACGCUUUUUGUCCUGGGGAUUUUUCUGCUUUUGAAUCCGAGUCGCACUUGACCGUGUGAUGCAUCGCUAUGAGGUAACGUUACGGGGUUACAACUUUAAGAGUGGGAUGUUCCUCACAGCAGUGAUAAGAAUGAGGAAACAGUAGCUGUGAAUGUAAGCGCAGCUCAAAGCUCACGAGUCUCUGGACACUACAGUCCGUGUCCGAGUUCAUACGUUGACGACGAUCGCGGGUAACAUGAGUGGGGCGAUGCCAGCCUCCUUAACACCCAGCACCACGCCACAUGGCUAUGGUGAUGGGAACUCAGUUAACCCAGAGUAUAUUGCCUUUUUUUUGGUGCUUUUCUUCUUCCUGCUGGGGCUUCUGGGUGUCCUUAUCUGCCACAUACUGAAGAAGAAGGGGUACCGCUGUACAACUGAGGCAGAGGAAGAUGAUGAGCUGGAUAAAGACAAUGACGAAGAGGAGAAAGAUCCAGAAAAAGGAGAUCUGAAUGACACCUUCAGUGAAGGCAACACUGACACAGUGGGCCGAAUUGUUCACUUCAUCAUGAUAAAUGAAGCCAACUCCGACGCACUCAAAGCCAUGGUUCAGGACAGUAUAGAAUCGGAGGGUCGUCCUGUGACGCCCACCUCUCCAAACACACCUGCCAGCCCAGAGAGCCCUGCACUGCCAGGGUUGCCACCCAGCGCAGCCAAACACACCUGCAACCACCUGCACACCAUCGGAGGGAUCGGAGGACAUAAGAACAUCUGCAACCGCUGCAACCAGAAAAAAUGGCCUCUGAUGAGACGCCCAUCCAGCAAAAAACUGGACAGACGCAGUUACGUAGGAGAGGUCAUAGUGCUGUCUGUAGGCAGAUUCCGGGUGACAAAGUGUGACCCCAAAUCGGCCCGGGAUAGGCGGACGUUGUUGAUCACUGAGCCCAAUAGCAGUGUUCCCCCAUCACCUGCUAACGCUGACCCCCCUGAACGCAUCACAGGCCCAAAGUCACAGGAUAAAGGAGGCAGUGCAAAGUGACAUCUGUAGAGUUCCAGCAGCUUCUCAGGUGACAUUU